AUGGAAUCUGAUAAUACAGAUUCUGCAGAAGUUGAACUAACUUCUUACAAAUUUGAUGAUUUGGAUAUCAAUGAUAAGACUAAAAAGGUUUUAAAGGCUAAAGGAUAUGUAUACCUAACCAAAGUACAGAGUAAAGUGCUUCCUUUAGCACUUUCAGGAAAAAAUCUCGUUAUACAGUCCCCAACGGGAUCAGGAAAAACACUUUGCUUCUUAUUACCAGCAGUGAAACAUUUAUUUGAUGAGGGAUACAGCGGAAACCUACCAAUAGAUGCAAACCUUUUGGGUUGUAUCUGUUUGGCACCAACGAGAGAAUUGGCAAGCCAAAUAGCUUUACAGAUGAAGGACCUAGCAAACCCUCUAAAACUUAAUUCAGGAUGUUGUAUAGGAGGAGUUAGAGAUAAAUACGAUAAGAAAAAUGCUAACAGACUUCAUAUUCUGACUGGAACACCCGGAAGGAUACUGGCACUUCUAAGUAGUCAAUCAUUACCAGAGACACAUAACAUUAAAAUUUUAAUAAUGGACGAGGCGGAUAGAUUAAUUGAUGUUGGAUUUCGAGAUGAUAUAAUAAGCAUAGUUGAUUUUUUACCAAACGACCUCCAGUUUCUGUUUUUUAGUGCCACAAUAAAGUCAUCAUUAAAGGAACUCUGCGAUAUAUUGCUAAAGAACGUGAGCUAUGAACUUGUGUGCUUGGGCUCAGAUUCGGAUGGAAUAUCAGAGUCAAAUUUAAGGCAGGAGCUGGUUUUGAUGAGCCCAAAGCUUAAGCUUUCAGCGCUUUUUUACAUCCUGUCGAAUAACCAAAACAAGAGAAUCAUAGUGUUUCUAUCCACCUGCAAGCUUGUGAGGUUUUCCUACGAGGUUUUUAAACGCCUUAUUCCAGCUGUUCCAAUGACUGAACUUCAUGGGAAACAGAGCCAAAAUAAGCGUCUAACGCAGUUCACUAGGUUUGCAGCAAAACAAAACCACGGAUGCAUAUUCACAACUGACAUUGCAGCUAGAGGCAUUGAUUUCCCAGCUGUGGAUAUCGUAGUUCAGUUUGACCUGCCAGAUUCCUUAAACACUUACACCCACAGAGUUGGAAGAUCGGGACGUUUGUCAGUUGAAGGGUUUAGGAAUUAUGGGAGAACAAUUAUGCUAGUAUCUGAUCAUGAGUCUGACUUCAUUAAGCUGCUCAAAACUCACAGUGCCAAUAACAAUGUUAAGGGGAACACUGUAGUGCACGAUGUAAGUAAAUUAAUGGUUCCACUGAUAGAGAAGAGAGAAGGUUAUGUGACUAGAAAGUUGCAGGCAAUAUUGGCAAAAGAGAGUUGGAUUAAGGAAAUGGCACAAAGAGCACUGGUGGCACAUCUAAGAUAUGUUACGACUAGAAGCUUAUUACGCCCAAAUAAUAAUCAAAUCAUUGAAGAAAUUAACCAACUUUCAAUUUCUAUGGGUUUGCCAUAUUCACCAAACAUACAACUUACCAAUGGUAACUCUAACGAUACCGAGGUACCGAGUGUAAAGAAGAGUAAAUUGAGUAAAUUAAAGGAUAAAAUUAAGCAGAAAAAGCUUAAAAAUGUUAUUGAUACAGAGGAACUGGAUCAGAAAAAAGAGUCCGAUGAACAAGUUGAUGAUGUUUUGUAUUUGAGUAAGUCUUGUGUUAAUGAUGAUAUUGACUUGUACACUAAGUCUGCUAAAGACCCUGAACGUGAAGUGAAAAAACAGCUCACGAGUUCAAGGAAUAAGCUGAGGCUAAACAGAAGAGGAAUAGCUAAGAUUAGAGGUGUGGUUACACUUAAGGAAGCUGAGCAAAACCACGUGAUCUUCUCUGACGACGAAGCUGAGGAUGAAUCCGGUGACAAGUCUGAUUAUAUUUCAAAGCUACAGAGCGAAAUCAGUAAAAACGACCAGUUUGAUAAGGUUAACUACAACCAAAUUAAAAGAGAGGCUAAAAAAGCUAAACACUCCUAA